AGAACAAAUUCUGAUCUGUCAAAAAAGGAUUAUGUCAUAACUCGAUUUGUCGCGGAAUUCAUAAACACCUUCAGUAGCCUUGUUUUUGUUUUCUACGGACUUUACGGCCUGGAGCAGCUCCGCCGUUGUAAACAGCUAACUGGAUUCCGCCCGAUUUCAUACCUUGGAUUGAUAGGAGUCGGGGUGUGCUCUGCCGGCUACCAUAUGACCCUCAAAUAUCACACCCAAAUGUCGGAUGAACUAUCCAUGCACCUCCUUACGACACCUCUUCUGUAUCGUAUUCUUACAUUCCAGGCUACUCCCCAACGCACGAAACUGAUCGGCGCAAUUCUCUCUCUUCUCUUCACCAUUGUGAUGGUCGUCCACAUGGUGAUGGACGAAUUCCUCCUGCAUGCUACCACCUUCGGCCUGGCAGUUUAUCUGAUCGCGACGCGCACGAUGAAGAUCAUUCCUCAGCAAGUUCCCGAUCCUAGAACCAGGAAGAAUCUUCGCUACAUUUCAAGCUUCGGCUGCGCAUGCUUUGCCUUUGGGUACUUUGUGUGGCUCAUUGAUGGUCUGGCCUGCGGAUUUCUUACGCAAACCAGACAUGCGAUUGGCCUGCCUCUCGCAUUUUUGACCGAAUUGCAUGGGUGGUGGCAUAUCUUUACUGCUAUUGGUGGCUAUGUGGCUGUUGCAAUCGUGGAUAUGGUUACCACAGGAGAAGUAUAUGAAGAUCCCACAGAUCUUUUUGCAUGGCCUCUUCCUCCUGUUGCAAAGACACUGCGAGCAUGGCUGGAACCCAAAAAGCAGCAAUGA